AUGCAUUGAGAAAUAAUGAUGUAUAUCUUUAGCCGUUUAGAUUAGAUCCGCAAUGUGAUACAUAGAACAAUAAAAGAACACCCCUAUUAACUGCGCUAAAAGAUCGGGUUAAUUGCUUUAUAUUUCGACAUGUUGUCUGGUUUCCUUGCACGUACCCGACCGUCGGAUCGAUAGAUCGACGAGUAACGCCAUCAUUGGAGGGUCGAUACGACAGAAGCGCGGAGGCCGUGUAUUCAAGCCGUUCAAUUGAUUGCGAAGGAAAUAUUUACUUAAGGAAAAGUUUUAUAAACACUGGUGACAAAAACUGCCUUGGAUUAACAAAGAGCAAGGAAUUUAGCCAGGGGAACUUGAAAUAGCCUCAGAAAAGGGAAUCUCGCCGCGAGCUUAUCCGCUCUAGUACAGAAAUAGCGGGGACACAUUCCUAAAGCGGAUUACCCAGCAGUUAACGAGGAAAUACGCUAAACAAGAGUACAUUAGCGAAGCGACAUCAGCAGGCAUCUGACGAAAGAUUUAUCUAUUAACUUAUGUACUAUUGUUAUUGACAUGUAGAAAUUACGGAAAUUAACAGAUUAAUUAAAGAUCAAAUCGUGUUAAUUUCAUGGGAUGUGACGGAUUUCAUUGAAAGGCAGUGUAUUCAGUUCCAUAUAAAUGUGACAAAGCAAAUAAUUAAUAGGAUUAAUAAUUUAGCGGGUAAGGACCUAUUGGAAAGAUCUGUGAAUUUAUUUCUUUGAAUGUGGUGGAUCUAAGAAAUAUGUCGGUGAACAACUGCAAUAUUCAAGCGCAACUGACCCCCUCCACCCGGCUGCCGAUAAUUAAGGAGGACCAGGAGAAAGUUCUUCAGGCCAACUUCCGCAGCAAUCGGAACCCCACAGACCUAGACCUUACACUCAUAGCGGCAGAAGCGGGGCUUUCCGAAGAAAACGUCAAGCUGUGGUAUCAGCACCGCCUGGCGUGUUGGCGACAGCAGCAGGGCCUUCCAGCCAAUUCUCGCUCCAUUAUGGACUGAUGACGUCAUACCACGUGGUGACAAGAGUGAUCGUUUGGUGCUUCUGCUUCAGAGAGUGGCGGAUUAACAUUGCAUAGGAUAUACCAGAAUUAAAGACUUAUAUGCUACAGGACAAAAAUCGGGCAUGCGUGGAUGCUGCUUAUUGGUGAUAUAACUCAGCCAUCACAAACCAUUUCAAUAAUUUAUUUUGUUUCAUUUUCUUCAUCAUGGACAUCACCCCCACCCCCCCCCGUUUGAGUCCCAUUUCUUAACCUCUGAAUUAUUGGCUCAGCUCAAUUUAAAACUUAGGACAUUGUAAAGAGCUGUGAACUAUUCACUGUUACGCAAGUAGUAUUAACUGUUGUUGUGUCACUUUUUGAGAGAUGUAUAUAUUAAACUUGUUGAGAGAUAUUGCUUAA